UUCGUUAACAAAAAAAUAAAUACAUUUUGACGUAUGCAUUUUGCGUAGUUUUCAGGACGUACUACACAGAGUAUGUGACGUAUUACCCCUGUUUCCGCUCGAGCAGUGUGUCAAUUGUUGUUGUUUUAAAGGCGCUCAGUGAACUGAACAGGUACAGGAUGCUACGUCUGCGUUGCAAAGCCAAAAACGGGACCCAUCUGAUGCAGGGCCUUACACACCAAUCUUGUGUCCGGGAGCUUAAAGAUAAGAUUGAGGAGCUAACAGGAAUACCAUGUGAUGUACAGAAGAUCAUGGUAGGCUAUCCACCGUCCAGUCUGGAUCUACGCAACGGGGAAGCCCACCUCAAAGACUACCCUAUCAAAUCAGGAGACACGUUGAUUGUAGAGGAGGAGAAGAAUAAACCCAAACCUCAGAUGCAAACCACUGUGACUAAAGGCCCCAGUUUAGACCUGGCUCCAGUUCUAGAGCGCCGCGUCGUCCCUGCCGACAACUCUUGUCUGUUUACCAGUGUGAACUACGUUAUGGAAGGGGGUGUGUACGACCCAGCCUGUGCGGCUGAAAUGCGUGGGCUCAUUGCACAAAUUGUAGCCAGUGAUCCCACCGCGUACUCGGAGGCGGUAUUGGGCAAGACUAACGAGGACUACUGCACCUGGAUCCGUCGAGAUGACACGUGGGGAGGCGCCAUUGAGGUUUCAAUCCUCUCUAAGUUCUACCAGUGUGAGAUUUGCGUCGUUGACACUCAGACUGUGCGCGUCGAUCGCUUCGGCGAGGAUGCGGGUUACACUAAACGGGUGCUGCUUAUUUAUGAUGGUAUUCAUUAUGACCCGCUCCAAAAGGUGAUGCCCAGUGCAGAUGUUCCUGCACAGACUGUGUUCUCCACCACUGAUGACAUAAUUUUGGCCCAGGCGCUGGAGCUCGCGGACGAGGCGCGGAGGAAACGUCAGUACACAGACGUCAACCGCUUCUCUCUGCGCUGCAUGGUGUGCCAGACUGGCCUGGUGGGGCAAAAGGAAGCAAGGGAGCAUGCAAAGGAGACCGGGCACACCAACUUCGGGGAGGUGUGACACUCUCUUCGCUCUGUCCUUGAAAUCACUCCCACCUUUGCCGCGUCACUGCCACGCCACCUGACAUGGUACCCGCUCUUUCACAGCUGCCUGUUCCAGCUUGGUACAGUCCUCUACCUCACAUUGUCUAGCGGCUUCAGGAGACUUUCACGUGUCGAGUUCCCAGAGAAUUCAGUAUUCUUUCAACUUUGGUUUGCUCUUGAGGUUGAAGUAUUAAAUUGUGCUCGUGUUUUUGAGUCUGUUGCCUGAUAUGACGACGAAGCCGUCUCUUCAAACCAAAUUUUAAAGGGAUUCUUCACUGAUUUAAAACCUCCAGUUUUUGCAAUGAUUAUAAUACUAGUAUUAGUGUGAAUCUUGCGAAACACAUCCAGGUCAUAUUUCAAAUAUCAAAGAAAGAAAAAAGAAAUAUUGUGUGUGUGUGUGUGUGUAUGUAUGUAUGUAUGUAUGUAUAUAUAUAUAUAUAUAUAUAUAUAUAUAUAUAUAUAUAUAUAUAUAUAGGAGCACACAUACAUACACACACUCUUAUAUAUCAGUGCUGUCAAACCGAUUAAUCACGAGUAAUUGCAUAUAACAAAAGUUAUAUAUAUAUAUAUAUAUAUAUAUAUAUUAUAUAAAUAUAUUAUUAUAUAU